AAACUAAUUAUGCCGCUUUCCCGGGAAGGCAGAUAAGCGGGAGGCGGAGGACUUGACAAGUGAGAGGGGUGGCGCGCGCUGGCGCCUAGCCAAGCCUAGCCUGGCCCGCCCCUCCAUUUCUUUCCAGUCUGACUCUGCCCACUGGAUCCCCGGGCUGGUUUGCUAAGCCUUUCCCGCGAGCCGCUUCCCAGCAGCCAUGAACCGCGCGGGGAAGAAAAAUGAAGAGACUCUCAUCGAGAUGGGGCAGACCAACGACGGAGAAGAAAGUAAUGGACCUUUGUUUGAAACUACAUCAAAUACAGAAUCAGAAUUUCCUAGCAAUUCUGAGGGCCUAAGUACCACUGAGACCACAGUGCUCAUCUCUGACCUUCAAGGGAAGUCUGGAAGGAGAUUCAAUCUGUUCCUGAAACGACGUCUCAGGAUUGAUAAGAGACAUCAAAGCAAGGAUUCUGUUUUCUUCAGAGAUGGUAAACGGAGAAUAGACUUUGUACUUACUUAUGUGGAUGACCCAAAAAUUGAUGGAGAAAAAAAAUUGGAUCGAAGGCGAAUGUUUGAGAACAAUCUAGUAAAGAAAGGUCUGGAACUAGAAACCGAAGACAAGAAGGAAUCUGAAAAUGGCAAAACGUAUUUUGUGAAGAUUCACGCCCCGUGGGAAAUUCUGAUCACUUAUGCAGAAGUGCUAAACAUCAAAAUGCCCAUCAAGGAGAAUGAUAUUCCCUGUAUGGUGGAAAACCCAUUGGACUGCAUAUUCUGGCCAUUUAGACUACCUGAGAUUGUGAUGCACCCUGAACCGGACUACUUUACAGCACCAUUUAGCAAAGAAAGACAGGAAUUGUACCUCAUUGAUGAUGAGAAUAUGUUUUUUUCGCCAUCUGUCAGAAACAGAAUAGUUUUUUAUAUUUUAACAAGGUGCCCAUAUGGAACAGAAGAAGGGAAGAAGAAGUUUGGAAUCAAAAGACUUCUAAAUAAUGGCACCUACUCUUCUGCUUACCCUCUUCAUGAUUGUCAGUACUGGAAGAAGUCAAAUGAUCCAAAGUGUGAAAAUGAAAGAUAUACCUUACAUAGGGAAUGGGCCCGGUUUCCUAGAUUUUACAAGGAACAGCCCUUGGAUCUUAUCAGGAAAUAUUACGGAGAGAAGAUUGGAAUCUAUUUUGCCUGGCUGGGUUUUUAUACUGAGAUGCUGUUCUUUGCAGCUGUUGUUGGCUUCAUUUGUUUUCUGUAUGGUUUGUUCACAAUGAAUGAAAAUAUGAGCAGCAAAGAAAUAUGUCAUCCCGGUAUUGGUGGUGAAAUUAUCAUGUGUCCAUUAUGUGAUCGAAAAUGCGAUUACUGGAGAUUGAAUUCUACUUGUGAGUCUUCACAGUAUUCCCAUUUGUUUGACAAUGUGGCAACCCUCUUUUUUGCAAUAUUUAUGGGCAUCUGGGUUACACUUUUCUUGGAAUUUUGGAAGCGAAGACAAGCUCGACUUGAAUAUGAGUGGGAUUUGGUUGAUUUUGAGGAAGAACAGCAACAACUCCAACUUAGACCAGAGUAUGAAGCAAAAUGUACUCAAAAGAGGAAGAAUCCAGUAACUCAGGAGUUAGAACUGUUUAAGAGGAAGAGCAUUCAUGACUAUGGAAAACUGAGCUUGUUGUACUGUGGAAUAUUUUUUUGGAUCUCUUUAAUCAUAGCAAGCAUGAUAGCUGUGAUAGUUUACCGCCUUGCAGUCUAUGCUGCUUUUGCCAGCAUUAUGGAGAACACAGAAACGCUGCAACCCAUUCGAGGUUUGUUGACACCACAACUGGCAACGUCAGUCACAGCAUCAUUCCUCAAUUUUAUCAUCAUUAUGAUACUGAAUUUCCUAUAUGAGAGGAUAGCCAUCUGGAUCACAGAUAUGGAAAUACCAAGAACCCACUAUGAAUAUGAAAACAGACUUACUAUGAAGAUGUUCCUCUUUCAGUUUGUCAACUACUACUCUUCAUGCUUCUAUGUAGCUUUUUUCAAAGGGAAAUUUGUAGGAUACCCUGGUUCUUAUACAUACAUGUUCAGUCGCUGGAGAAAUGAAGAGUGUGAUCCUGCAGGAUGCUUGAUAGAACUGACCACCCAGCUCACCAUUGUCAUGGCUGGCAAACAGAUCUGGGGUAAUAUUCAAGAAGCCAUAGUCCCCUGGAUUUGUAAUUGGUGGGGUCGUCGGAAGGCGAAACAUAACCCAGAGAAUUUAUACAGUCGAUGGGAGCAGGACCAUGAUUUGCAGAGCUUUGGCGCAUUGGGUCUCUUCUACGAAUACCUAGAAAUGGUUAUUCAGUUCGGAUUUAUUACUCUGUUUGUGGCCUCUUUUCCUUUGGCACCCCUGCUUGCUCUGAUGAACAACAUCUUGGAGAUUAGAGUUGAUUCUUGGAAACUUACAACCCAGUUUCGGAGGCCUGUGGCAGCCAAAGCUCAUAGCAUAGGAAUUUGGCAAGAAAUCUUAAACGGGAUGGCUAUCUUGUCUGUUGUCACAAACGCGUUUAUUGUAGCCUUCACAUCUGAUAUGAUUCCUCGAUUGGUAUACUAUUAUGCCUAUUUUGCGGAUCCUGACUUACCUAUGUCUGGAUACAUUAAUAAUAGCCUUUCAGUAUUCCAAAUCUCAGAUUUUCCUGAAAAAAACAAACCUGAACAGAACCCAGGCAAAUUUACCAGUUGCAGGUACAGGGAUUAUCGAUAUCCACCAGACCAUGAGAAGCAGUACAUGCACACAAUGCAAUUCUGGCACAUCCUGGCUGCAAAAAUGGCUUUUAUAAUUAUUAUGGAGCACGUUGUCUUCAUUGUAAAGUUCUUUGUGGCCUGGAUGAUUCCAGAUGUCCCAUCUGAGGUGAAGGCCAAAAUAAAACGUGAGAAGUACUUAACACAGAAAAUCUUACACGAGUAUGAACUCAAUAAAUUGAAACAGAAGUUGUUUGAAGGUAGGACCUGUGCCAGCAUGGAAAAGGAAGUCAUAGCUAGUGAAGGAAUAGUGGAGUUAUCAGAAGCCAUGUAACUUGAAGAGUGACUCUUUGCCUGGAAUUCCAGCCUGUGAAAGUUUGUUGUCCAGAAUCUCCAAUGAGCUCUAUCCACAGUAUGCCUUGAAAGCUGUCUGGUAUUUUUAACCCAUCUUAUUUCCUAAAAAUAUUUAGGAAAGAGACAAUAUGGUUUGACUGUUGGGCAGUCAACAGACCUUUUUUUCCCCCUUUUCUUUGGGUUCCUUUAACUUUGAAGGCUUCAGCUUAUGGCACUGCAUUCUCUUUUCUACUGCCAUGUCUUUGUAAGACUAUGCUUUCUUGGAGAUAACUAUUAUCUUAAGUGCUUUUGUAAUGAAUAGUUCCCAGAUUUCUGUGAUGUAAGCAGGAGUUCAAAGUCAUAAACUGCCAAGAGUGAAAAGGGCUUGUCCCUGGUUAGGUUUGGGGAGUUGCCAAGAAAGAUACAAAUGUCUCCCAACCCAGAUUUUUAUGAAUGCGUGUAUAAAUCAAAUGAUAAGGCCAAGAGUCUGAUGUGAGGUCUUCCACUUAUUGCACAGCCAACCCAUGGUGCUAGAGAUGGAAAGGAAAUUGUAUUAUGUUAUCAUUGUCUUGGGAUUUUAAAGAACACCACAGAUUAUGGCGGCCUUUCUCAUUUUAAUAUGCCUGUUCCUAAAUUUAAAGUCAUACUCAGCCUAUUAAUAAUUAUUAGCUUUGGUGCAAUUGAGAGGAUUUAGCACAGCAAGUACAUAUCUAUUAGAGAAGCUUUUUUGGAAAGUUUCUUCCAAGAGGUAAAUUAAAUAUGAUGUUAGAAAAUCAGAUGCCUUGCUCAGUAUUAAAGAAGUACUAUUCUGUAAUUCUCUGCUUGCCCAUAGGUGCUAUUGUGUUCUUUUUAAGCUUGGGUCUUCAUAAGGUAUUCAAGCAUUUAAUACUUGGAAAAUCUUACACAUAUCAUGAAUACAUUUCUGUUGCACAGAUAUGCACCUUUAAAUGCCUUUUUGAGGUAGACAGUCUAUUUGCAUGAUUUUAAAGGCUUAAAUAAUUGAAUUAUCGAUUAUUUUUCAAUAGGGUACAGUUAGAAUUUGAUUACUUUGCCUUCUAAGUCAAAACUUAAAACCAACAUUAAUAGGAAAUUAGGUUGGAAAUUGUUUGAUUAAAAACCCAAACCACUGAAUUGAUAUGAAUUUUUGUCCACUAUAGGCUAUUUUAACAUACUUAAAUGUUAAAAUAGUAUAUUUUCAAAUACCUAAAGAAGGGCUCUCAACAAAGCCAUUUUUUGUGACUCUGCCUUUGUAAAGAGUAUGUAUUUCUUUGUAAAGAGUAUGUAUUCUUAGUAAUUAAGGAAUUAAAUAUUAUGCACAUUGUUAUAGUCAGAGUCCCCAUGCUAAGAAAUCGUGAUUAUUUUAAGUAUUGUCAAAGGAUGUAUCCUUAAAAGGGAUGUGUUAAAACGAUUUUGCAGAUUUAUUGUCUUAUUUAUCAAUUUUGUGUGUCUUAUAUAUGUGAAAUUAAUUAUAAGCCUUUUACAUUUGGUUUUCUUGUUUUGUUAUAUAAUUUUUAAAAUUGUAACUAUUUUUGAAAAUUCACUACAAUUUUAUAGCCAAAUCUAUUUUACCAUUGCUUAGUGCCUUGUGUAUAUUCACUUAAGAAAGAAAGAAUGGAUGUGAAAAUGUUAGUUCUGUUAAUCAUAUAGCAUAAUGUGAUAUACAAAUCAGUUCACAGAUAUCAUGAGGUUAGCAGCUUUUAUAUUCAAUCAUGUCUAUCAGUAACUUAUCCAGACAGGAGCAAGUUUUGCAAACUUUCAGUUGAGUUCUUUAUAAUCUAAUUGAAUUGUAAUCAAGGAAUACAAACAUUACUGGAUUUGUCAGUCAAAAUGAAGCAUGCUGGACAUCUUAUUUAAUGAUGAUGAAGUAUUUGUAGUAAUCAGCUGUUAAAUAUUGAAAUGCCAGUCAGCCUGUGAAUUAGAAUUUCUGUUUCUGAUAGUAAAAAAGGUAAAAUUAUACACUCCAAAUACUAUGGAAAAAAUGUAACGAAUGAAAAUAUUCUUUUUGAUUGAUGGAAACAGCAUUAUUUCCAGAUUUAUUGCUUACAGUGCUGCCUAAACUGUACAAAAUCCCAAAAUGACCAUGUACAAUGAUACUGUCUGUCAUUUAAUUUUGUUUGCUCAAGUUUUUCUGAAUUGAAUCAUUGUAUAGGUUUUGAAUAAUAUUAACAAAUCCUCAGAGCAAAGUAGUAUUUGGAUUUCAAAACAUAUUUCAAAAUCGGUAUCAAAUAUGUUGCAGCAUCUUCCAUCUUUUUUCAUAUGUAAAUAUAGAAAAUCUUUGGACUAUGCUAUAACUUGUGAUUAGGAUAACCAGCUGCCUAAUCCUUACAAAGAUUGGAUUUCAGUAAUCAUCAUCAUCUCAUCCAGUAUCUUAUUUAUGCAUAGGUCAUAGAACCAAGGCAUAAUUUAUGGUGUUGGGUAUAUGUUUGGGAAAAUAGUAUGACAAUAAUUAUUGUCUUUUGAAUUGUACUGAGAACUAACCUUACUAUCUUUCACAGAUUUUGAAUCAAUUUUUUAUCAUCCUUGUUUAACCUUUUGUUUCUAUUUAUGAUUAGUUUAACGUGCUAAAGAAUACCAUUUUAAUGCAAAAAUGUAUGCAUGGCUAAGAUAAAAACUAUGUAAUGUGAAUUUCAGUUUACCAAAGAUGCAUUGCAGUCCACCAAAUGUCUAUAUACAGUAUGUAGCCAUCACCCACUUUAUAACUUCAUAAUAUCACCGGUUCUUUCUUUAUGAGUGUUCUUAUAAAUGGAGAAUAUGCACUAUUUAUAUCAAUGUCAUAAUUGUCACAAUACUUUGUAACAGAAAGGAGCAAACAGCCAACACUAUCCUAGUUUAAUGAAUUAUCAUUAAAAGCUCUCUUAAUGUUUCAGGUGUGAAACAUUUAUAGGGUUUGUUUGACUUUUUAAUGUCCUAUUCUAAAUAUUUUGUAUUACAUUGAGUUUUUUUAAGGGAUGAGAUGCAAAGAAGAAUGAAAUAGUAUGUGAUUGUGUCAUAACCCACCAUAUAUUGUUAUUUCACAAGUUCAGAUGCUUUUCACAAAAGCAGAUGCUUUAUUGUUUCUUGCCCUCUGUCCAGGAUCAUUGAAAACAGUGGAAUGGGUAACCAAUGUUUAAAAUAAAUUUAUUCUUAAAAUGUUUA